UGUCAGAGCGAGUGUCCGCGAGGUGUAUCCUGGCGCGCGUCUGCGGGAAGCGGGGUGAGGACUGCCCUCCCGCUGCGGCCCGCGCAGCCCCGCGCCCCGGAGCUCGGCCGAGGAAGGACGCCUGGGACGGCGGCGGAGAGAUGCGGUGCGGCGGCGGGCCCUAGACAGGCUCCCUCGGGGGCCAGGAAAAGCCCCGCAUCCGGGGCGGAGGCCGAGGUCCCGCGGGCUCCCGAAGGAAGCCGGCGGGAACACCGGGCGUGCUUUGAAGAAUCAUCGUUUAAAAUACGUUUCUGCAAGUUCUAGAGUUCUGGAUGUGUGGUCAGUGCUUCUGGAUCUCUCCUCUUCUGUCUUUGGCUCCUCUAGAAGAAUAUAGAGGCAUGCACUCCAAACGACUCAACUGGCUGCCUCCCAGGGAGGCCCUACGUAACUUAAGAGAGAAAUCAGUUUUUCGGAGUUGAGAAGGGCACAGCAGCCUCUAGGAACCGCCAGGUUCUGGUGCUGCCAGGACACACCAAAGUUCUGGGGGCAGGAGGUUGUGGUCAGCGGAGACCACAUACCCGUGAGAGAUUCUGGCAGUUCUGUCCCCAGAAGUGGACACACCCAGCGUCGUCAUGCUCCAGCAGCUCCUGAUCACCCUGCCCACCGAGGCCAGCGCCUGGGUGAAGCUGCAUCAUCCGAAGGCCGAGGAGGGGGCGCCCCUGUGGGAGGACGUAACAAAGAUGUUUGAAGGAGGAGCUCUGCUCUCUCAGGAUGCUGAGGAGACCCAGGGUGAAAGUUUGAAGACUCAAGUCACCUCCGGGCCCCCAGCAGCAGAAUCCCAGGAACUGUUGACCUUCAAGGACAUAUCUGUGGACUUCACCCAGGAGGAGUGGGGACAGCUGCCCCUUGCUCACCGGAAUCUAUACCGGGAGGUGAUGCUGGAGAACUAUGGGAACCUGCUGUCAGUGGCAGGAUAUCAACUUUCUAAACCUAGUGUGAUUUCCCAGUUGGAGAAAGGACAAGAGCCAUGGAUGACAGAGAAAGAAGGCCCAGGAGAUCCCAGUUCAGGCUUGAAGAAUAAAACAGAAACCAAAACAUCAGUGUCAAAGAAUGACAUUUUACAGGAACAGUUAUAUCAUGGCAUUAUGAUGGAAGGGUUCCUGAGAGAUGAUGUCAUUUAUUCCACCUUGAGAAGAGUCUCUAAAUAUGAUGGUGAGUUAGAACAGCAUCGGGAAUCCCAUGGAAGAAAUAUAAGACACGCCAUCCUGGCCCACAAGAAGAGUGACCAAGAAACUAACAAAUUUGGGGAAAAUAUUGUCAGCUCAAAUGUUAUGAUAGAACAGAGGCACCGUAAAUGUGAUACACCUAGGAAGAAGAAUAAAUACAAAUUAAACUUGAUUAAUCAUCCGAGUUACAUAAGAACAAAAUCCUAUGGAUGUAACAUAUGUGAAAAAAUCUUCAAACAACCCAUUCAUCUUACUGAACACAUGAGAAUUCAUACUGGUGAAAAACCUUUCAGGUGUAAGGAAUGUGGAAGGGCCUUUAGUCAAAGCGCAUCCCUUACUACGCACCAGAGGAUCCACACUGGCGAGAAACCCUUUGAAUGUGAAGAAUGUGGCAAAGCCUUUAGACAUCGCUCAUCUCUUAAUCAGCAUCAUAGGACCCACACUGGAGAGAAACCCUACGUAUGUGAUAAAUGUCAGAAAGCUUUCAGCCAGAACAUUAGCUUGAUCCAACAUUUGAGAACUCAUUCUGGAGAGAAACCCUUCACAUGCAAUGAAUGUGGGAAAACCUUCCGACAGAUUAGACACCUUAGUGAACAUAUAAGAAUUCACACUGGGGAGAAGCCCUAUGCAUGCACUGCGUGUUGUAAAACCUUUAGUCAUAGAGCGUAUCUAACGCAUCACCAGAGAAUCCAUACUGGGGAGAGGCCCUACAAAUGUAAGGAAUGUGGGAAAGCCUUUAGACAGAGGAUACACCUUAGCAACCAUAAAACUGUUCAUACAGGAGUGAAAGCAUAUGAAUGCAACCGCUGUGGAAAAGCCUACAGGCAUGAUUCAUCCUUUAAGAAACAUCAGAGACACCACACUGGAGAAAAGCCUUAUGAAUGUAAUGAAUGUGGAAAAGCCUUCAGCUAUAACUCAUCACUCAGUCGACACUAUGAAAUACACAGGAGGAAUGCCUUUCGAAAUAAUGUGUAAAAAUAGAUGAUUCAACACGAGAACAAAAGCUAACUCUAAAUCAGAGAUUCUAUGCUUUUAAAUUCCAGGAUUCUAAAUUUGAGGAUUUAAUACAAUGAUGCUAGCUUUUAAUUUUGCCUUUUGUGUAAAUAAACAGUACAUUGAUAACUAUUAUCUACUAACACCUCUAUACAAACAAUAAAGGGUGGCCUUUGAAACUAAAUUCAGCAUUAUGGAAAAUGUACACAUAAUUGUUAUCUGAUUUCAUGGUAGCUUAUUUACCCUCCAAGGGCAUUCUGAUUUAUAGACUAACAUUUGGGAAGUAUUGUUAAAAAAUAUCACCACCCCUCUUUUUUAAGGAACUUGCUUUUUUUAAAAUGAAGAAACUUACAAAUGUGAUAAAACUCAAAAGGCAUAGAUAUUUGUAUAAAUGAAAAUCCUCUUCCUAUAUCCACCACCAAAUUCUGCCUUAGAGGCAACAAUUUUUUAUAACUUUUUAUGCACCCUUCAAGAGAUCUUUUUUAUUUGUAUCCAGGAGAAUACAAAUGUAGAGUUCUUUUUAAGCAUAAAUGGCAGCUUCCUAUGUUAACACAUCAGCAUUACUUUUAUUAACCAUAUGUCAUGGAGGUCAUUCCAUAUUAGUAGACGAAGUGCCUACUCAUUCCUUUUUUAUAACUGCAUGGUAUUCUGUGGUUUGAAUGUAAUUUAUUUAGCAAGUUCACUAUGGAUGGACUUUUGGAUUUUUUUUUAACAUUUUAUUUAUUUUUGUGAGACCGAGCACGAGCAGGGGAGGGGCAGAGAGACAA